ACACGACGUAGUCGGCAGACGGCAAUUUCAUCCGGACAUUCGUGGACCGUGCAGCUGCUCGAACGAGCUCGCGGAUUUCCCCUGACUCGACGCGAACCGAAUCCACGUGGAUAGUCAACUGUCAAGUGCCCGUACCGCAAUCACGUCUCAGCCUGGGUACAGGAAAUGGAUCCCGACGCGUUCAAGGAGUUCGCCAAGGAAAUGGCAGAAUAUAUCACUAAUUACCUGGAAAAUAUCAGGGACAGGCGAGUGCUUCCGACAGUAGAACCAGGUUACAUGAAACCCCUUUUGCCUUCCGAGGCGCCGCAAAGGCCAGAAAGUUGGAAAGACGUUAUGGCAGAUAUCGAAAAAGUGAUAAUGCCAGGAGUUACACACUGGCAUAGCCCGAAAUUUCACGCGUAUUUUCCUACAGCCCAAUCGUAUCCAGCGAUCGUUGCUGACAUGCUUAGCGGUGCUAUCGCAUGCAUCGGGUUCACUUGGAUUGCAAGUCCUGCUUGUACCGAGUUGGAGGUAAUAAUGUUGGAUUGGCUAGGAAAAAUGUUAGAUCUGCCCAAAGAAUUUUUAGCCUGCAGCGGUGGAAAGGGUGGUGGUGUCAUUCAGGGAACCGCGAGCGAAGCUACUUUAGUCGCACUUCUCGGCGCCAAGGCUAGAAAAAUAAGGCAGGUCAAGGAACAACAUCCUGACUGGACGGAUAACCAAAUUGUAGAAAAACUAAUCGCUUAUAGUUCCUGUCAAGCUCACAGCUCUGUAGAACGAGCCGGUCUUCUCGGAGGCGUAAAAUUCCGAUUGCUAGAAGCCGAUUCGAAGUAUAAACUUCGCGGUGAGACACUGGCAGAGGCCAUUCGCAAGGAUAAAGAACAAGGAUUGAUUCCAUUCUACGCUGUCGCCACUUUGGGAACCACUUGCUCUUGUGCAUUCGAUCGUGUCGAUGAAAUGGGUGUGGUUGCAAAUCGUGAGAAUGUUUGGCUACAUGUUGAUGCAGCUUAUGCUGGUUCAGCGUUUAUUUGCCCGGAAUUCCGAUAUUUAAUGAAAGGCACCGAAUUGGCAGAUUCCUUCAAUUUCAAUCCACACAAAUGGAUGUUGGUGAAUUUUGAUUGUUCGACAAUGUGGUUAAAAGAUCCGACAUACGUUAUCAAUGCUUUCAAUGUGGAUCCUCUGUAUCUGAAGCACGAUAUGCAAGGUUCUGCUCCUGACUAUAGGCAUUGGCAGAUUCCAUUGGGACGAAGAUUCAGAGCGUUGAAACUCUGGUUCGUGCUGAGGAUUUAUGGCGUCGAAAAUCUUCAACGAUAUAUCAGAAACCACGUUGCCCAGGCUCAUGAAUUCGAAGCGCUGGUUCUUUCGGAUCCACGAUUCGAAAUUGUCGCCGAAGUGAUAUUAGGACUUGUCUGUUUCCGAUUAAAGGGAUCGAAUGACAUAAACGAGACCUUAUUGAAAAAGAUCAACGGCGCCGGAAACAUUCAUUUAGUGCCAUCCAAGAUAAACGACAUGUACUUCCUACGGUUCGCAGUUUGCUCGCGGUACAGCGAAAGCAAAGAUAUUCAAAACUCUUGGAAAGAGAUAAAGCUGAGAGCAGACGAGGUUCUCGAGGAACAAUCGGUUUCUAAGUGAUGGCGGGCUCAGAUAGCUCGUGGUUGUCGGUCCUUGACACCUGCAACCUGCAAUCAAUCCUAGCUUUUAAUCGUUUUUCGUGUUAGCGAUCUUGCAAGAACGAAUGCAUAAUCGAGAAACAGGGAUUUGUUUAACGUAUUUCGCGACUCCACGUAUAAUUGCUAAACUUUUACGAAUCACGAAUCAGAUAGAAAUUGAAGUAAGAUCAUUAGCAUAAUAUAUUCGUACGAUAAUGAUGGAAAUAUUUCCUUCAUAUCUUUAAUCAAUUAACACGAUCGGUUACACAGCUCGGUAUUCGCUUACGUUUUUAUCGCUGGACGACUGUUAAACCUUCCGCGCACGGUUUUUCUCCUUUCGGCGAUUCGAUUCUUACUUCUCGAUUCUCUGUUUUGCCGAUCCAUCUGUUUGUCGCAGAUCGGCACAAUGACGCGACGUAACGAUAGUUACACGCUACAAUGAAACUUCCUCGUCGAGAUUUAGGCUCGGAGCAGACAUUUUACCACGCGACACAGUUGCAGGACUGUUCGAACGACUGAGAAAUGGAACUCUUCGGUUUUACGAAAGAAGAAUACAUACGUAUGUUGUUGGAGACGGAAUUUCUUAAGCAACGGAAUACGUGUUUAAUGGUUUCAUAAAGUUAUCGGUGCUAGGAAAGUUAGAAUUUCUUGGGCUUAUAGAAAUAUAAGUAUAAAAAAGUAAAUGUGUAAAGAUAUAAACGCGCAAAAAUACAAACGAAUAAAAAGAUAGGAGCAUAAAUCUGGAAUAUAAGAUGAGCGUAAGAAGAAAUUCAGAAUUGAUGUAUACAAUUUUCUAAACUUCGAUUUCCCGCAAAUCGCUCGUCUGCACCGAGCCUAAGUCGACUCAGAUAUUUUUUUCUCUUGCUUUCUUGCCACGGUAAAGACUUGCCGACGGCCAAAGCCGUUACACGCACAUGCACUCACACACACAGGCCCCCUUCAAUAAUAUUAAUAACCUCGAAAUAUAUUAGACAAGUCCCAUAUAAGAAACACGCCAAAGAUCGUUAUUCGACUGUCGUUUCACGUCAGUGAACGCAUAAUUUGCUGUAAGCGCAAUAUUAAAUGUCGCCUUGUACCAGUUUUCGAACGCAUACCUUAGCAAUAGCGUUGUGUAGGCACAUUAGAUCGCUUUCUUCAAGCAGCAAGACACUGUAUACAUACGUAUGUACCUUUAGCAACGCGUUGCGCAAUUGCUGGCACCGGAGCGUCUUGCAAAUAUAUCUGUUACAUUCAGAACUUCUGCCAAGUAUUUAAAAAAAGCCUAGUAAAUAUCUUAACGUAAUUUAAAACAUUCUAGUUCGCAAAACUUAUUUCUUGUUGGUUUUCAUCGACGAUUGUAUUAAGUUGUAUGAAGUUAAAGUUAUUGUAUUAAGUUAAAGUGUGUGUGGAGGAUGAUUAGUCGUUUGGUUUAGAUGACGAGGGUACGAGAUAUUGAAACAGUCAAGGCUAGUAACUGGUAAUUGAUAUUGAUUCGUACGACUGACUCACUUGUUUGGCGCGACAUUGACUGGCGACAUUGUUUUGCGCGGAGUUUAUUUAUUAUUACAUUAUGUGUGUCCUAACGAUGUUGAUACUCCGAGGCAAAACAAUAACAUGGUUGAAAUUGUCCUCUAACUCAUGUGCCGCUACAAAGUUACAUCAAGUUAAAGUUACUGUAUUAAGUUAAAGCGUGUAGUUACUUAGGAAUUAUAACAUUUGAUAGUAAACGAUCAACAGAAUUUGAUCGUCGACACCGAGUGCAAUAUAAAAUAGGAAUUAUUCCGUACGUUGUUGAAUUUAAGUCGUGCUCACCUUAUCGACGUUGAUUGAUUCCUUAAAGGAAAUAAUAUUAUCACGAUCACCUUUACCUCGUUGAUAAAGAAAACAGUUCAAUGUUCUACGAUUCAAUGUUCUUCGAUUUAUCUGCAUCUGAAGAUGUUUUGUGAAUAUUAUGAAUGUGAAAUGU